CAGAUAAAAUGUUUACGAUUAACUGGCCUUGUGAUAGAGAAAUAUGUGAAAACACCGAGAAGCGGAGCUUCCUCACGGCUCUCCAUCUUACCCUCCGCACUCCAGCUGCUCGCUCCUGAAGCUGACACUUGGUGGCUCCAUGGACAAGAAGGUGGUGCUGAUCACAGGCUGCUCCUCGGGAAUCGGUCUCAGCCUGGCUGUCCGGUUGGCCUCCGACCCCGACAAAGCAUUCAAAGUGUACGCCACGAUGAGGAACCUGGCCAAGCAGGAGCGUCUAUUAGAGUGUGUGAAAAGCCUGCACAAGGACACCUUGGACAUACUCCAGAUGGACGUCACCGGCCGGCAGUCCAUCCUGGAUGCGAGGGACAGGGUUGUGGAGAAACGGGUGGACAUUCUGGUGUGCAAUGCCGGAGUGGGUUUGAUGGGGCCGCUGGAGGCGCAGUCCCUGGACUCGAUGAGGCAGAUCGUGGAGGUCAACCUCUUCGGUACCAUCCAGGCCAUCCAGGCUUUCCUGCCGGGCAUGAAGGCUCAGGGCCGAGGCCGCAUUCUGGUCACUGGGAGCACCGGAGGGCUUCAAGGUCUCCCCUUCAACGAGGUGUACUGCGCCAGUAAAUUUGCUAUAGAGGGAGCUUGUGAGAGUUUGGCUGUCCUCUUGCAACACUUCAACAUCCACGUGAGCCUCAUCGAGUGCGGCCCGGUCAACACCGACUUCUUGGUGAACCUGCAGAGGGCCGAGCUCGGGGAUUCGUCUCUCCAGCAGGUCGACGGCCUGACCCUCAGCCUCUAUGAGAAAUACCUGCAGCACUGCGGCUCUGUUUUCCAAAACGCAGCGCAGGACACUGACGACAUUGUGAAGGUGUUUUUGGAGGCCAUCCGGUCCGCCAGCCCGGCGUUCAGAUACUUCACCGGGGGAGGGGUGCCACCUCUCAUCAAACUGAAGGUCACACAUCCAGACGGCUCGCGGUACAUCAGUGCUUUGAGCAAAAUCAUGUUCUCAGCUGAGGAACAAUAAUUUUGCUUUGUUUUCAAUCCAGCUGCCGCUUGCUCUUCCCUUUCUUUGUGUCAACAUCUUCACUAUUCCAGUUACUAUUUCCCGGAAGGAGGUUGACACAUCGUGACUCACUGGUUGCUCUCAGGGUUCGGUUUAGUGAGUUCAGUAAAGUUCACUUGGAGCAACUCCCUGUUUCUAUUUUUGUAAGUCGGUUAUCUAAAGUUAUGUUCCUUAUCACAAAGUGACAUAAAAAUAUAUCAUUAUUUUGGUUGAUAUUUGAAAAGGGUUACAUUUUGAGUGCGUUCCUAUCUUUCGACAGUUUUCUUGCCAUAGUUGCCAUACUCCCUCAUGCAACAGGAACAACUCACUCACUAAUUUCUCUUCUUGUCUUCUGGGUGGUUUGCCUUAAAAUACAUCUUGAGGGUUAGUGAGUAAAGAAAUGUCUUUCUGAGUAGUAAAGAGGAAGCUCAGCUCCGUCGGUUUGGCUUUUGAAAGUAAACAAGGGCCAGCUGAAACAGCAGCACAACCUGUGUAUUGCAAUGUAAUGUGUAACUGUAUUAAUUGUUAGCUUGAUUCUAUGGCUACACAUACGGUUUCUGGCUUUUGAUGGCAUCUCCGAGGUUCUUAUAUUCCGCCCUAAUCAAGUGCCUUUUAUUAGAGUCUGAAGCUGCUGAAAUGAAUCCUGCUGUACCUGUUUGGACUGUGUAGUAGAUUAAAUGCCUCUUACAGCCUGCAGUGUAUUAUGCAAAACAAAGGGUGUUGAGAGCUGAUGCAUUAAAAUGAAAUGUAAUUCACUAUUA